AGGCGUUGCGAGGUGGAUCCGCAGACGUAGAAAGACAAGAUAUUCUUCAAUUCCAGCAGGUCUUCUCGAUCCGGUGCCCAGAGCUUCGAUCCAACCAACUAUUUUAACUAGCUACUUAACUAUCUAGUUUAAGCCAUAACUUGCGUGCCCAAGUGCAGGAUGCCACAAAAAUUAAGGUUUUGGAGAAGGAGUAUAGAUUUUCCUUUGAUACCUCUAGUCGGUGUUUUAUACUAUCGGAGAUCAUAGGUGACUAAGUAAGAACUUCACGCUCCGGAGAUCUCAGAUAGUCUUCUGGAUAACGAAACUGAAAAAACCCACCCACCCACACCAGGAAACGAAAGAUAGUCCAAAAUGACGCCGAAAAAACUAAAGCUUGCAUUGAUUAAAACGGCCGACCAGUUAACUGAAGCGGUCUGGUCACCACCUGUCGACCUACGCCUCUACCAGCAAUACGCUAACGCUAUAUUUGACCAAAAACGUGAUCGAGAUGACAACGCACAAGAAUGGACCUACACGGUGGCACAAGCCACCCGCUACCUCCUCGAGCUCCAGCAGGACACUGCGGAGACCAGCAAGGCGCGCAUCAGAAAGGAGAGCCCGGCGCACUUGCAGGGCCUCCUCCUUUCGGAGCCGCCGCGCAAUGUGGACGCCAUCGAAACACUGGCCACCCUCAUCGACCACCCUGACACCACCUUCACCACGCGAGUCAUCAAAGGGCUUAACGCUAUCGCCAAUGGUGACACCACGGGGGUCUGGAAAGCCAAUCACACCCCGUUCGUCCCGGAAUCAGAAGUGGCCGACUUCUACAACAAGGCCAUCCGUCUCCGCGCCACACCGCCAGAGUUCGACGAUGACCUUCUCCAGGCAAUCAUCGACAUCAUAG